UUUAGUUCUUCCUAAGUAAGUUCAACAUGAAGUUGUUCGUUUUAAGUUUAUUUGUUUUAACAACCGUCGCUCUUUCUACGGCGAAAACUUCUCGAUCCUCGCGAAAUCGAAUCGUAGGUGGCAGUGUAGCCGAAGAGGGUUUGGCUCCUUAUCAGGUGUCUGUACAAUAUGAGUGGGGAGGUGGUCACAUUUGCGGCGGGGCCAUUAUUGAUGCUGAAUGGAUAUUAACGGCAGCCCAUUGCGUUGCGUUCUUGCAAUCUCAAGACAUUGCAGUUGAAACGGGCACUCAAAAUUUAAUGGAACCCGGUGUAUAUUAUUAUGUAAAACGCAUUUACACACAUUGCGGUUACAAUCAACAGCUUUUGCACAACGACAUAGCUUUGCUGCACUUGAAUUCUACUAUUGUGAUCAACAAGAAAACCCAAAUUAUCCCCUUACCCGAGCAACCGUUGGAGGAUGGCGACGACGUUGUGCUUACUGGUUGGGGAGCACUAAGCAGCGCUGGAGGUGGCGGUCCGUCGAAAUUGCACAAAAUUAAUUUAAAAUACGUUGAAUAUGAACGUUGUAGAGAGUUACUUGAUAAUGACCCCAGGCUACACGUCGGUAAUAUAUGUACGUUCACCCAGAAAGGCGAAGGUGCUUGUUUUGGGGAUUCGGGCGGACCUUUAGUUAGUAAUGGACAUAUAGUGGGCGUAGUUAGUUGGGCCAAUCCAUGUGCUCUUGGCUUUCCAGAUGCUCAUGCUAGUCCAUAUUUCUAUUUGGAUUGGAUACGUCAAACCAUGCGACGAAAUAAGAAAUGCUCGUGCAAUGCGUAGUCGGGUUUAAACAUUAACUAAUGCAAAUAAAAAAACAAGACAUUUUUGAAUAAAGCGAUCCAUGUUUUAAAUUUGUUGGAAUGAGUUAAAAAGACUGCAAUAUUUUGGUAGCGAGUUGAAUAAAGAAUGGCUUUACUUUCAA